AUCACCUCCCUGUACCAAGCAAAGAUUAAAAAGGCAUCCAGUGAGCGGCAAUAAAUAUUUCUUUUGACGCAUUUAGAAGAAGUAGAAAAAUGAAAAGCGUUCUUUUGGCGAUAAGUGUCAUUUUCAACCUUGGUUUAGUCCUUGGUCAGCAAUGGAGGAGGGAUCUGGACGCAGACGUCGAUGUGGCCCUGUCAAGGUUGUGGGACGCCCGCGCAAGUACGCAGGAGUACCUCGACGUCAUGAAUGACAUCGAAGAUCUUUUGUGGACCAAAGUACAACCAGGCGUUUCCAGUAUUCAGGAGAAUUUGCCUUUCAUUAAAAUAACAUUUGCCGACAUAGAAAACAUACAAAUCCAAAUCAAUCAGGCCUCGUCUAUACUGGUUUAUCAAGCAAAGUUACAAGGCAAGGAGCUUGUGAAGCACCUGCGGCUUUUGAACCAAACUGAAACCAACUUAUCCUCAGCAUCUUACUCGAAUUUGCCGGAAAAUCAAAGUGAUUUGGUGGCCCAGGCAAAUAACGUGAAUUCGGUCCAGGAAACAGCGCUUAGUUUGUCUGGUGAUGAGGUUGUGGCGUUCAACAACCUUUUGAAUGCAAUUUUAGAAGGCCAAAACGGGACAGCCGUUGACGAGAUCAAAGCUUCGAUGGCAGACAUAAAUAAUGAGCUUUAUUUACUCGGAGAUGAGAUUUCCCUGGAUUCCUACCAAGUGGGAACAACAACUGAGCUUCUGUAUGAGGCUCUCGGCACCAUCAUUGGACAAUUACCGUGAAUAAAUUUAAAAAUUGUAGCCGUUAAUCUGUUGGGAGUUUGAUUCUGAAAGAAAAUCAUAUUUUCAAGUUUUAUGAUGGCAUAUUAUUUGAUGUAUUU